AUGGCUUGCAAAUCACCAAUUCUAAGCAUCAAAGAAAAAUCAUCUGUAAGUACAAACGGUGAUGAAAAUAAAGAAAAUAUAACACUAAUUUGGCUUGAUCCAAAUAUUGGUUCACGUGAGAAUACAGAAAUCACAAAACAGCAGCUUCGUUCUAUUAAUGAUUAUGUUGCUUACGAUAUCGACCUUGAACGAUGUAUUAAAUUUAUUCAAAUCACUAAUAAAAUAGAAAUCUUUUUAAUUACAUCAGGAUCAAAAAGCAUCACAAAUUUUACCUCGAAUUUAUAUGAUUAUUUAUUAAAUGAAUAUUACAAUAUAAUUGGUAUUUAUAUUAAUCUUGAUGAUUUAUGUAAAUUAAUUAAAGAACAAACUGAUCUUGUUAAUAGGCAAAUGCAAACAUUUUCUUUUUUUGAUCAACAUGAAAAAUCGAUCAAAGAUUUAUCCAAAGAAUCAGUAGUUUAUUUGGUUUCAACUAUUCAGUUAUGUUAUUGUUCGUCUUCCACGAGACCAACAAGCAAAAGAACAAAUGAUUCAAAUGUGUAA